CCUGUCUCUCUCUCUCUCUCCGGGGAUCCAGAGCUCUCUCUCUCAGAAGAACCCAGACCUAGCCUUUGGGAAGACGAAGAAGGAAACAGCUAUAUAGCAAUACGCACCCUAAGAGAGAGAGAGAGAGAGAGAGAGAGAGAGAGAGGAGGAGUUAUUCUUCGGCUGCCCUUCUAAAUCUGAGUGGAACCACGAAUUUGUUCUCUAUUCUCUGAAUCUAACUUUCUCUGAUUGGCGGUCCCUAUCUGGGUGAUUCACACCGUUAAUCUGUUAGGUCCCAACUUGGAUGGCGGAUUCCCUGAAGAUAAGUUAUAUUUCGAGGACAGUAGACGUCCCAUCUCUCCUAUCAUUUUAUUCAAUCUCUGCUCGCCUAAUUUUCUUCCUAACCAUCUUUUAGUUCAAAGGGUUAGGAUUAUCUCACCAGGGCUUUUUUUUUUUUUGAACCUUCCAUCAGAGGUGGGGCUAUCAGAUCAGCGGUCUACAUUUCAUGGUUUGAUGAUAACCUUGUUGAUUUCCUUGGCAUAAGUAUCGCUUGGUACCUCUUAGUUCCAUGCCCAACGACAGCAGCAACAACGAUUGCUCUGCUCAUAUCCUCUUACCAACUAGUGCCAAUCUUGCAGAGUAUUGAAUUGGUUAGGAAAAGAUAAUGACAUCAGCAGUGGCAGUAGCAUUCAACAGGAUCGAAAGAGCACAUCAGCUCUACAAAGACGGACAGCAUGAUGAGGCCCUAGGGUUUUACACUGAAGCACUUGUGAUGGCAAAGACGAAGGCACAGAAGAUUGCACUUCACAGCAACCGGGCAGCGUGCUAUUUGAAAUUGCAUGAUUUCAAGAAGGCAGCAGAAGAAUGUACAUCAGUGCUUGAGCUGGAUCACAAUCACACUGGAGCCUUGAUGCUGCGUGCACAGACUCUGGUCACCCUUAAGGAAUACCAAUCAGCACUCUUUGAUGUCAAUAGGCUUAUAGAGCUGAACCCUUCUUCUGAUGUGUACCAUAACCUUCAAGCUCGACUAAAGACACAAUUGUCACUCGCUCCGAUACCCGAAUCUGAAGAAGAAGCAUUGGAAGCUGAGCUCGAAGAAGAAGCACUGGAAGCUGAGCUUGAAGAAGAAGCGAUCGAAGCUGAGCUUGAAGAAGAAGAAUCAGUGGAGGCUGAGCUUGAAGAAGAAACAAUGGAAGCUGAUGCUCAAGAAGAGAAAGCACUAGGUGCAGCAGUAAUCUCAGAUCAGAAAGCUGAGACUCGAAGCAAUAAUUCCAAACUCCCUGUACCACAGGCUCAGAGCCUUGAGCACUCUGAUUUACAUCCCAAAGGAUGGGAAGCAAUCCCAAAACCGAAAGGUCAUUCAGGCCUGGACUACUCACGGUGGGACCGGGUUGAAGAUGAUUCUAGUGAAGAGGAAGAUGAAGCAGAAGAUGUGCAACCUCAGUAUCGGUUCCGUGUCAGGACUGUUGGGGUGCGGCCUGUGAAAUGAGGGUCCUGGUUGGUGGUAAAUUAAAAUUUAACUGGAAAAUAUAAAGCCAGCUUCAUAUGAUAUGAGUCUGUGUAUGAAAGUUAUUGGCAAUGUCCACAGUGAUGCCGUCAAAAGCUGAUAAGCUUCUUCAACCGUCAAGUACUGGAAGGCUCAAUCACCAUCAUGGCUAUCAUUGUCAUCAUCAUCAUCAUCGAUGGAAAAAAAAAGGGGAACUCAUAUGGAAUGUGAGAACUGACUUAGGGACGCUGAUAACUCUCAUCGAGGAUAGUUCCUCAUAUGUGGCAAUGCCACUAUUCAUCAUCGCUUUCUGCCCCUCUGGCUCCAUCACCACCAUUAUUGGAGAGCUCAGGUACAUGCACAAUAUCUGGUGUUUCAAAUUCAUACUUGAGACUUGCUUUAGCAGAGGUCUGGGGCUGAGUCAUGCCUUUCUUGCUUAUUAGUAAACAACCAGGUUCAUGGGUUCUGUUCACCAGCGGCCUUAUAUUUUUCCUAUGGGCAUGAUUCUGUACAUUGUGGUCAUGGGUUGCUGGUCCAAUCUGUUGAUAUGAUUGCCCCAAGAUUGGUGAUGCCUGUAGCAAUUUCCAAGAUGAGAAGAUCCUACCUAGCCUUUUUAUUUAGUCUUUUUCCCUUCGAAUGUAGAUCGUUGCUGUAUUUUCUCUUGGAAACAUCUUGUUACAGACCUUCAUAUGAAGAUUUGGGAUAUUCCAUUCUGGAACAUUUCGAAGGAGUCUUCAUCAAUGAGGCAUUAGACCAAUGGUUCAGAUCACCAGACCAUGGGCCCCAGAUGUCCAGUCCAUUGGUAAACUAUGUCUUUGUGGAUGAGCAGAGCCCUGAAUUCGUGGACAAAUAGUAUGUAACUUAAGAAUUUGCAGGUAUAAAAGCUGCUGUCAUGGUUUGUUGUGCAGGACAUGUUUAAAGAGGCACUCUUGUAACACGGCCUGUUAAAAAAGAAAGGCACACUUGGGACACACUUGCUGUCUUUCUAUAAUUUGGUGCAGUUGUAGUGGAUUAGAUGGGAUCAUCAAUACAGAGUAUGUUUGGUGUUAUGGAGUUCUGCCGAGAGUAGCAGCUUUUGCAUGGCUGGUGGGAAGGGACAAGGUUUUGACUGUGGAUAACUUCAGAAACAGGGGAUGGUGCUUCCAAAUAUUUGCAUCAUGUGCAUGGUCUAUUUGGAAACGGUUAAUCAUCUAUUUCUUCGCUACCCUUUUGCUAGAAUGUUAUGGAUUUUUUUGCUUCUCAAGUUUUGUCUCUUGGGUCAUGACUCACCGAACUCUGCUGGCUACCAUCUUUUAUGUUGGCACAAUGGAGGUUGGAAAGGGGAAGAAAGACAUUUGGCAGCUUUACUUGUUGGUGGGUCUUUGGGUGAUUUGGGAAGAAAAUCACAGAAGGUGCCUUAGGAACUUCAGUCAUGCUUUGGGGUGGAUCAAGAUGCAUGCAAGGGGCCUGGAUUAGGCUUUGUGCUUGGAUGGGAAUAUUGAAUGUAAUUUUAUUAUUAUUAUUAUUUUGUAGUCUUGGGUGGGGAUUUGUUAUUUAUUAUUUAUUAUUGUUAUUAUUGCUAUUAUUUUUGUAUAGUUGGGUUGGCUGGCUUUGGCCUCCUUUUGUAUAGCUCUUGGGCUUCUUGGCGCUCUGUUUAUAAAUUUUUAUUUUUAUAAUUUUUUUUGGCUCUCUC